AUGGGCCUCACCGUUCUACCCGCUUUAAUCCCCGACAUCCCCCAGGUGUACGAUGCCUAUUUUGCGGCCUUCAAGGGGUCGGUAAUCCUCGACAUCCUGUUUCCGACGGGGAUUGACGAGGCUUUCCGUGAGGGUCAUACGAAACACACUGUCGAGUACUGGCACAAGACCAGCACCCAGUACACCAUCAAGUGCGUUGAUGUCGAGACUGGCGAGGUCGUCGGCAUGGCCCUUUGGGACGCAUUUCUCAAGGAGCGCACACCAGAGGAGUACAGGAGCCCUGGCGCCGUUUGGCUCCAAGGCGAGCAGAGAGCUCGCGCCGAUGAGUUAAUCAACCCGCUCAGCGCAGCCAAAGAAAAGCUUUGGGCUGGCCGAAAAUACGUUUACUGUCAUAUCAUUGCAGUGAAGCCUGAACACCAAAGAAAAGGCGUAGGCGCCCUUUUGACGAAAUGGGGCCUCGAUAUGGCCGAGCUGGCGGGACUUCCCGUCUACCUCGAGUCGUCUGAAGAAGGAUUCGGCCUCUACAAACGCCUGGGUUUUGAAGUGCUCCAAGACAAGAUCGUGCACCGCGGAGGGCUGGUGGGCAAGGAUAAGGACGUUGAAGUUCCUCUGAUGGUAAAGAUGCCGUCUGCCGCCAAGGGUUUGACUUUCGAAGAGUGGCGUGCUCAAGGAUACCCGUCUUUCCAAUAA